GUGACAAUGGUUCAGCUCUAUCACUAACAAGUCAGUCACAUGAGCUUGCAGCUGGAUGUCCUUCUAUGACCUGGGUUCACUGUAGGUGACUUGAGUGCAUUUGUAUGCGUGUAUGUCUGUGUGGGUGUGUGUCUUGGUUUUCAGUCUAUUGGUGUCACAGUGAAUCUGCAGUGGAGUGUUUGACAGCCUGUUGCUUUCAUUCCAGGACUAACACUGUGUUCAGAGUAAAGAGAUGGCUCUGUUGAUCGAGCAUCAGUUUAGACAGCUGCCAGCUGACAAACAGGUGGAAACAAGACCAUUUCUGGAGGCUGUAUCAUACCUUCCACCAUUCUUUGAUUGUCUCGGCUCUACAGUUUUUGCCCCAAUCAAGGCUGACAUAUCUGGAAAUAUCACAAAAAUCAAAGCAGUCUAUGAUACCAAUCCUGGACGAUUCAAGACACUUCAGCAGAUUUUGGAGGUAGAGAAAGAAAUGUAUGGAGGAGAAUGGCCCAAAGCUGGAGCAACACUGGCACUUAUGUGGCUGAAAAGGAGUCUUAGAUUCAUUCAGAUCUUCCUUCAGAGCCUGGUGAAUGGUGAAAAGGAUGACAACAACCCAAACCUCAUUCGAGUUAAUAUCACAAAAGGCUAUGAAAUAGCCCUUAAAAAGUAUCAUGGCUGGUUUGUGCAACAGCUCUUUAAGGCUGCUUUUUUUGCUGCUCCUUAUAAGUCAGAUUUUCUAAAGGCCCUCUCCAAGGGUCGGGAUGUCAAGGAGGAGGAUUGCCUGGAAAAAAUACGAAAAUUCCUCAUCAACUUCUCUGCCACUGUUGAUGCUAUUUAUGAUAUAUAUACUAAAAUGAAUGCAGACCUCAACUACAAGGUGUGACUGUGGGACACUUAAUCAACCAUAAAGUCUUUUGCAUUCUGGCUGACAUUUACCACACUCUAAUGUUUCCGAUCAAGUAUUAGUGCACUUUUAAUCACAUGUGUGCCUUUUCUAUUUCCCGCCUGCAGCAGCAGGUCUGGUAUUUAUUGAUUUUAUAUUUUAAGUCUUGCUUUUUUUAGUCUUUUAAUUCACAAGGUAUAUGUACAUGAUCAAAAGUGCUUGCAAAUAUGUGGAGGUAACACCAGAAAUGAAAGUGCAACUUGAACCAUCAGGUGGAAUAAAGGCAAGAAAAUACACAAAAUCACAUUUUACUCUGAUCAAAUUAUUCUCAAACUGUAUGCUGUAAAUAGCCUUUGUUGUUGAGCAGAUGCCAUAGUUUCUUGAAAUGAGCGCAUCAGCCUUUCUGCCUUUAAUUGUGUCUGUUUUCAUACAUGUCAACUUGUGUAAACCAGCUAGGAAAGAAAAUGUAAAUUAUCGUUAAAAGUUUGGUCUGCUUAUAUCAACCCAUCUGCUAUGAACUCCAUAUUUUUGCUGUGUUUCCAAAGCAAUGCAGUGCUCAGUGUUUUUUCCCUCCACUCUGCUUACAGGUGUACACAUGAUACUAAACCUGUAUUUUCUUUAAACCUCUAUGUAAAAAGUGAAUAUCUUGUUUUAGAAUGUUACUGACCCCUAAAUGGUUUUCUCAUGGUUUUCUUGUGGCAUGCUACACCUUUGUCCUCUUGCAUUAUCUUGCAUUAUGUGGACAGAUUCAUUCUGUACAUUUAGUUUAUAUAAUUAACCCCUUUAAAUCCUUCAGUUUAUGCCUAAAAUGUGUUUUUUUAUGGAUAAAAGACUUGUUGUGGACUCUUUCACUUUCACUGGACCUUUGCUGAUGUAACCGGACUGUUUUUGUUGUAGUUCUGCUACUGGAGGACAGUAUGGCUUCAAAGAUAAACUGCAUUGGGAAAAAAGUGUUUACUGAAUCUACAGCUAUAAUUGUAGCAUGGAAUGGUAUACAUUAUUCAGAUUUCAAGAAUCUUAGCUUUCCAAUGGUGUAUGACAUGUGUAGGUACUGCAUUGUGUAGGUAGGUGAAGGCAGACUGAGUAAAAUACUUGUUUGUAAUGUCCCACCCACAGGGCGUCUGGUACCAACGUGUUAAAGAUAUAAAAGAUAUGUUUAUAAAUUAAACUUGCUUGUGACUAUAUUUA